CUGAUAAACGGUUGGUUUUCGUGCGUCCAAUGAAUGAAGUGUGUGUGUGUGUGUGUGUGUUUGUGGACGCGAGUGCUAUGCAGACCUGCCACGAACAUGACAGAUUCGUAGAUGGGUUCGCAAUUCUGGUGAUAUUACCAAGUGUACGGAAAUAAGAAUGCUGGCACGGAAAUUUUAUCGUUAACGAAUCCGGGUUACAUUGGUGCCACACCCCGGACGCGCACGGCACUGACUCACGCGCCCACCGUGACUGUUCCACGGUGACCGAUAGGAUCCUGCGUAUAUUUCUGUACCUCCGUGAUCUCAGGAAGAACAAGAAAACGAAUACUGCCAUCAACAAGGACUGAUCGGACACACCGGAAUUAGCAAAAAUGGGAGAGGCGGAGACGCGUCAGCGAUUACUGCGCAGCGUGAAAAAGGAGGUGAAACAAAUUAUGGAGGAGGCUGUGACUCGGAAAUUUGUACACGAGGACAGCAGCCACAUCAUUUCUUUCUGCGCUGUUGUGGAAGCUUGCGUGUUGCACGGGCUGAAGAGACGUGCUGCUGGCUUCCUGCGCAGUAACAAGUUGGCAGCACUCUUCCUAAAGGUUGGGAAGAUCUUUACACCAGCCGAGGAUCUGUGCAAGAAGGUGCAGGAACUGGAACAAUUCAUUGAAAACAAUUCUAGACAGAUCCAAUCUCAGACGAGUCAAGAAGGUAUCCGUAAGCAGUCACGGAUUCCCAACCUCUCCCCUCAAGCCAUCAAACAUUUGUGGAUCCGUACGGCACUGACGGAGAAAGUUCUUGACAAGAUCGUUCUAUACUUGGUGGAGAACAGCAGCAAAUUCUAUGAGAGAGAAGCUUUACUGAGGGAUCCUGUUGAUGGACCCAUCCUUGCAUCACUACUGGUUGGACCCUGUGCUCUGGAGUAUACAAAAGCAAAGACAGCUAACCACUUUUGGACAGAUCCUUCAGCUGACGAGCUGGUGCAGAGACACCGCAUUCAUAGUGGUCAUUGCCGCCAGGACUCACCCACCAAGCGCCCUGCUCUGAUACAGAAAAGGCAGUCAAGUGGUAGUAUGGAUGACAGACCCUCACUGUGGGCUCGGGACUAUGUGGAAUCGCUCCAUCAGAACUCUAGAGCCACACUGCUGUUUGGCAAGAAUAAUGUUCUAGUUCAACCAACAGAUGACAUGGAAGCGAUUCCAGGAUACCUCUCUCUUCAUCAGACUGCAGAGCUAAUGACACUGAAGUGGACACCAAACCAGCUGAUGAAUGGCAACAUGGGAGAGUUUGAUUAUGAAAAAAGUGUGUAUUGGGAUUACGCAAUGACUAUUCGUCUAGAGGAAAUUGUCUAUUUGCAUUGCCAUCAACAAGUGGACAGUGGCGGCACUGUGGUGUUGGUGAGCCAGGAUGGGAUCCAGAGGCCUCCAUUCCGUUUUCCAAAAGGAGGUCAUCUGCUACAGUUCCUCACGUGUCUGGAGACAGGACUCCUUCCGCAUGGCCAGCUUGAUCCUCCUCUUUGGUCCCAGAGAGGAAAGGGAAAGGUUUUCCCAAAAUUACGGAAAAGAAGCCCACACAGCUCCUGCGAGUCGUUUUCUGACAAGGAUGAAGAUGAAGCAACAGAUUAUGUGUUUCGGAUAAUAUAUCCAGGCAGUCAGGAGUUUGUUGGCCCAGAGUUGAUAGACCAGAGCAUGACCAUGUGGCAGCCUGCUCCAAGGAAGGCUUCUUGUUCCUCUUGCUCUCAGAAUGGUUCUUCUGAAGGUGGACUUCUCAAUGGCUGCAAUCAUGACAGGGCUCCGCUGAAGUUACUCUGUGAGACCAUGAAGUACCAGAUCAUUUCUCGUGCCUUCUAUGGCUGGUUGGCCUACUGUCGUCACCUGUCGACUGUCCGCACACAUCUGUCCGCUUUGGUCAAUCCUGCUAUUAUUGAGCCUGACAAUCCUUAUGAUGCCAAAGGAGGGCUAACUGCAGACGUGUGGAAGACAUUUCUUCAAGACAGUUCUGCUUAUGAAGAGGCAGAACUUCUAAGGCUUGUGUACUAUGGUGGUGUAGACCCCACCCUGCGUAAGGAGGUGUGGCCUUUCUUGCUAGGCCACUACCACUUCACUAUGACUCCUGGUGAUAGGAAGGAGGUGGAUGAGCAUGUUCGAGCCUGUUAUGAGCAAACCAUGAGUGAGUGGCUGGGUUGCGAAGCCAUAGUGAAGCAACGUGAGAAGGAGCAACAUGCUGCUGCCCUUGCCAAGUGUGCCUCUGGGGCAAGUGUGGAUCUACGACAGGACUCCACUAUCAGCACUGAUUCAUCCCAGAGCUGCAGCUCAGAGAAACAGAACAAUGCCUGUUCCCACACUGACUCCAACAGUAGCACUCAGGUGUUUGGGUCUGUUGAUGAGGUUGACCCAAUCGAAUCUGAACCUAAACCAAAAGAUGAGAAGCCCCAGCCCAAAAUUCCAAACGGUACUCUUCCUAACUGCACUAGUUCUCCAGACUCCGGUCAUCCAUCCUCUCGCAACUUCUCGGUCACAUCAGGACUCUCAGAUUGCUCCCCAAGCACAGAGGACCCUUCAACACAAGAUAAUGGAACCAAAAUCAAACUGACAGAACAAUCAGCAGUGUCUUCUGAGGUUUCUUUUGACCUUCCAACCAACUCUAGCGUUGAAGACAAGGUCAAAGAAGAACCAGCAGAACAGAGCUCACUGGUGCUUGGCACAAACAAGGGGGAUCUCAUCAAAUCACCUGCAGUAGCUCUCCCUCCAGAAGAUGAGAUGAUCAAAUCUCAGGAAAAUGAGAAGGUAGAACAUUCAUAUGCCAAAGAAGUUAGCAGGGCUGACAUAGACGAGUCCAUGGACUCUCAAUGGGAUUCAAAUAAAAAAUCCGAGUUGAAUGUUUUUGAAACGGAAGAAAUCCCAAUUUCUAAGCAUUCUGAAGACAAUGCAAAACCUUUAGAUAGCAAUGAAAACAGCAAGCAAACACUUAAAUCUCCAGAGGAUAUUUCUGAAGAGAUCACCAAAUCCUUACAGGAAAUUAGGGAUUCACAAAUGUCUGGUGAAACUCUGAUAAACAUGGAGUUUAUUAAUGAUGAUCCAGACCAUUCUAAGAAAAAUAUCCCUUCGGUAAUGCAAGCGAAAAAUGGAACACCUACCAUGUGUGAUGCUCACAGUACGGUGACUAAAGUGUGUUCUGUGGAAGGAGCAAAAUCCAACGAUACAAGCUCACCUGGAGAUGUUGAACACAUAAAGUCAAUGAUGACCAGUGCGCCUCACAGGGUUCCUUUGGAAAAGGAAACAGAGUCUAAUCAACCUCUUUUUGAAUCAGAGAUGACCGGUGACCCUCAUUUGGAUCCUUCAGACAAAGAAACAAAGUUUCCUGAACCUUUUUCUGAAUCAGAGGUUACCAGUGCCCCUGUCAUGGAGCCUUCAGAAAAAGAAAUGAACCCUCCUGAGCCUUUCUCUGAAUUAGCGAUGACCAGUGCCCCUGAUAUGGAGACUUUAGAAAAAGCAGAUAUAAAGCCUUCUCAGCCCCUUUCUGAAUCAAAGACAACCAGCAACUCUCACGUAGAGCCUACAGAAAAAGAAAUGAAGUCUCCUCAACCUCCUUCUCUAUCAGAGAGUACCAAUGACUCGCACAAGGAGCCCUUGGAAAAAGCACAGAUUUGUCAACCUUUUCCUGAAACAAAGAUUAGCAGUGACUCUGAUAUAAAGUCUACGGAAAAAGAAAUUCUUCAACCUCUUUCGGAAUCAGAGAUGUCCAGUGAGCCUUUGGAAAAAACAGACAUAAAGCAUUUUCAACCCCUUUUUGAUUUCGAGACGACCAGUAACUCUCACGUGGAGCCUUCAAACACAGAAACAAAGUCUCCUCAACCUUUCUCUGAAUCAGAAGACAUAGACUUAAUAACGGACAACCCAUCUAAUGAUGACAAGUCAGAUAUGAAAUCUACAAUGAACUGGGGCUAUGAUUCCAGUAGAACCAAGGCAUUAUUGAAACAAAUGAACGAACCUUUGCUUGAUAGCUGUAUUUCCAUUAUGUCUUUAUCGAAACAAUCUCCAGAUACAUCUGAUGACUCACCAUCUGCACUGGAAAUGGAGGAAAUCCCAUCUGCUUUGGUGUUUAUGCCUUCAGAGGAUAUUUUGGCCAAUUUUCCUGUUACCCUGGGUCCUCCUUUGGCUCUAACAAUGCCACCAGAUAAGAGUAUGCCUGCACUGGAGCUGUGCUCCGAGGCAGGUCAGAACACCAGCCCAGAUGCUACUGAAUCAGCCCUGUCUGAGGAAGAACCAGAGAUGGACAGUUUGUUCCCCAAACCAGACUCUCUUGCUGUAGGAGACCAUAAAUCUGAUGUUGCUUCUCCAGUGUCCUCUAUUGGAACUACUUACUCUCAAGAACUGCUAGACUUGUACACCCUCAAUCUACACCGUAUUGACAAAGAUGUUCAAAGGUGUGAUAGAAACUAUUGGUAUUUUACCACUGCCAACCUUGAGAAGCUACGCAACAUCAUGUGCAGCUAUGUUUGGCAGCAUCUAGACAUUGGAUAUGUGCAGGGAAUGUGUGACUUGCUUGCACCUCUGCUUGUUAUUCUUGAUGACGAGGCCAUGGCAUUUAGUUGCUUUACUGAGCUCAUGAAAAGAAUGAAUCAGAACUUUCCUCAUGGUGGAGCAAUGGACACCCAUUUUGCCAAUAUGCGUUCUCUUAUUCAGAUUCUUGACUCGGAGCUUUUUGAGCUGAUGCAGCAGAAUGGAGACUACACCCACUUCUACUUCUGUUACCGAUGGUUCCUCUUAGACUUUAAAAGAGAAAUGGUGUAUGAUGACGUGUUCUCUGUAUGGGAGACCAUCUGGGCGGCUCGUACCAUCUCCUCUGGCCAUUUUGUGCUGUUUAUUGCCUUGGCAUUGGUCGAAUUAUAUAGGGACAUCAUUCUGGAGAACAACAUGGACUUCACUGACAUCAUAAAGUUCUUCAAUGAAAUGGCUGAGCGGCAUGAUGUUCCACAACUUCUGGUGAUGGCCAGAGAUUUGGUUCACAAAGUCCAGAUCCUCAUAGAGAACAAGUGAUACCCUUUUAUCAUUGUUCUCCAUUAUUCAAAAGAUUACUCGUGUUUGAUUAUUGUCAAAUUUUAUAUUUAGAUCCAGCUGUUAGAAACACCUUUCUCCGAGUUCCACAGGGCAAGGAUUGGCUGUAAUCCUUUUCUGAUGUAAUUUAACUUGCUUGAAAGCAAUAAAUCCCAAUGAUAAAUGACAUACUUUGGACAGUAAUAAAAAAUUAUCCAUGAUCGAUUACAGUCCUCUGAAGAAAAAUCUCAGUUACAUGAUUUUAAAAGAUCCCAACGAAACAGAAACAGCGUUUUCCAGCCUUGACCAUUGAGUACCCCAGCCCUAGAUGUUAGGGCUUUCCCUCCUUCAACUUACCCAUACUGCAUCAGGAAGGUCCUGUUAUUUAUUUGAUUAGUUGUAUAGGGUGUGUUCAAACUGGAGGAAAAACAUGUUUAGGGCAGGGGCACCACAGGAGGAUGGAACCAUGGGUACCAAAAAAAAGAUGAUUCAAUUCUAGUAAUCAGAAGAUUGAGCGUCAAAACCCAUGGAGUUAUUAUGUGGCCCAUGAGUAACGCUGGUCAUUGACCAACUCUGUUAUAAGACUUCAUUAAACAUGCCUUUUUUUUUUCUUUUUUUAAUUAAAACUGUUUGCCAAAUCAAUGCAUAUUAAUUGAGCAGUGGCAGGAAAAACGUAAAUGGUGGCAUUACCAACAGAGAUUCCUUGAAAAGCACAAAAUAUCUGUCUUUUUGUCUGCAGUUAAAAACACAUUCAAGAGGGGUGCUUGCUGUUAACAGCACUUGCCAGAUUUGUUGAGUAUUACUUGUCAGUCAUAACCACUCCAUUUUUUGCACGGAAAACUUGCAGUCUGUGUCGGCACACCCUUCUGUUUUCAGGUAUUAUCAAAUUUCUAUUAUAGAUGAGAACAAAUAGAUUAUUAUUAUUAUUUUUCUUUUUUUUUUGUAAUUACCAGUUAAGCUUUCUAGGGUGACUUUGUCGCUCGGUGACAUGUUGAGCUGCUACACAAUUAUGUACCUCACCUGAACUGACCUUACUCGAAAACAAUCAUAAAUAUACUAUAAUCUCUGAGAUGUGUUUAUUUUUGAGCAGUCUUUUUGCCUUAAGUUCCUUUGUUUAGGGACGCAUUCAGCCGAAUUUGUUUAUGCUCAAGUGAGUGAAUGCAGGAAAAACAAAAAUGGAAUUAUUGUCUGUACAUCAAAAUGUGGACUCAUUUACUACAGUAAAUGGAAUAUAUAGCAUUUACAUAGCGAGAGUGUGAGCGUGUGAGUACAAUCUGAACUACCAGCAACCAAACUUUUGUCUCAUCCUUUUAGCCAAUGGAUUCAUUGUGGUUGUAGGACUCAACUAAGACCUUGUAAUUCAGAGCAGUUGUUUCAAGUGCCAGUGUUAUUAACACUAACCACUCACACGCCAUUUCCAUUAAUAUAUGUGUAUUGCCAUUUCUUAGAUGCUCUGUGUACAUUAGAAAUUAUAAAAUGAUAAAUCACAUUAUAAAAAUACUCUAUGAAAUUGAAAUAAUUUGUCAAUUGUAAAAAAAAAAAGAAGAAAAGGGAAAGUGCUGUAUUCAACUCAUGAAAAUUUAUUUAAGAGAACAGAAAAAUACUAUAUAUAAAAAAAAUAUAUACUAUACGCUUAUUUUUAUUGUAAUCAGUGACUAUAUAUUAUGUUGUCAGAAUGUUUUGGUGGUGUAUUGUAAAAUUGAAUAAAUG